AAUUCCGCCCAAAAUUACAAACUCGCACCCGCCUUUUUUCUGUCACUCCCACCUGCAGAAGUACAAGCCAAAGGAUGGAAAUCUGAAUGAACUGCCCUUUGAAGACGCCAACGUUUACAAAUCGCCCGCUUUAUUCGCUUCUAGCUCUGAUUGGUCAGAUGUUGAUGUUGCCACUGCGAGAGCGUAGUAACAGAGUUAUAGCUCCUCCUAUUUUUCCAUAUAUGGACGAACAACGCCUACUGGGAGAGUUGUGAUUGGCCAGCGUAUUCUCCUUUCCAAUGUUUGUAAAUUUUAGACUAGGGAGACGCCGCAGUUUGGAUCUCAGCGCGCAAAUGUAUUUUUUAAAGGUUGAUAAACUUUUCUCGUUUGAAUUGUAUUUAAAAAUAACUGGGCACUAGAAGCAACGAGUUGUGGAGACUUGACGACGCUUGGUAUCUCAACGGACGGAAUAAGGUAGGCACAGAAACCUUUAUGGUUGAUAAACCGUUAGCUCGGAUGCUACUUGUUAUUAACAUUCAGUCUAUAUGAAUUAUCUCUGUCGAGAUGGCAAAUAUUUCCCUUCACCAGUGCGGUUUAACCUUAUAUUUUGUUUAAACACCCCAGCGUUGCAGCUGUACGCAACAACCCAGUAAUAUGGCGUCAGCGGAGAACUACAAGUUACGUUAGCCGGAUGCUGUAGUAAGUACCAGAAACCCAGAGUAUAAUGGUCCUGAGUCAGAUGGACGCGGGGAAAGCUUUGACGGCGGCAGCAGCCAAAGGGAAUGCCGAUGAGGUGCAGAGGAUCCUGGAGGAAUGCAGAGUGCAUCCCGAUACUCCCAACGAGUUCGGCCGGACCGCGCUGCAGGUGAUGAUGAUGGGGAACUCCAAAGUAGCAAGGUUGUUGCUGGAAAAAGGAGCUGAGCCCAACGUCCAGGACAAACACGGCAUAGCGCCUGUCCAUGAUGCAGCACAGACGGGGUUCCUCGAGACCCUGCAGGUCCUGGUGGAGCACGGGGCUUCAGUGAACAUCCAGGACCAGAACGGCGCCCUCCCCAUCCACAUCGCCAUACGAGAAGGCCACCGGGAUAUCGUGGAGUUCUUGGCUCCACGAUCCGACCUGAAACAUGCCAACGUCAGUGGUCAAACAGCAAUAGACGUUGCCCGAUCUCUGGGUGAGCUGGAUAUGAUGAACUCACUUUUUGCUCACAUUCACAGUUAGUAAGAAUGGUAAAAAACCUUACUUCUUUUUUUUUUUUGCUUUGUACCUGGUUACUUGAAUACCUGAAUUAGGUUUUGGAGAUGAACAUUAAAAUGUGAUGGGAGGUGAUGUCUUUUGAGUUUCUUUUCAGUGAAUUGGUGGCUAUAUACUGUAGACACCUUUUGCACAGUGCAGUUUAGGCACCUUAUAUUUACAUUCUUUCCCUGUUAAUUGGGAGUGCACAUUUGUAGAUAGUUGUCCUCCAGUGUUAUGUGAUUUGUUUUACAUUAUUUCCAUUGUGUGUAUGAAUUGUAACAGUUUCUACACAUGUAUGUUUUUGGGUUUUUUUUAAUUUACAAAAAUGAAAUGGUGCACCCUGAUUGCUUUGCAUAGUUGUGUUUCUCUUAAUUAGAUGAACUUUGAAUUUACUCUUAUUUAUUGUUGGAAGAGGAAUUAAUAUUCCUGUGACUUUGUAAAUAGCAACAUUUGAUGUGAUUUGUUGAAAUGUUAUUUAUAUAAAUACCUUUAAGACAAAAGUGAGAUUAUUCACUUUGAGAAAGCACAAAAUAAAGUUAUGAACUUUAA